ACAGAGAGCAAACUAUAUAAUGGCAAUUGAAGGAAUUUUGAAAGAUGUCUAACGUUUAGUGGCUGCAUCUGUCUUCUAUCUUCUCACCCUUAAAAGAAGAGUAAAUGGGAUGUUUCAGAAGGAAGCUCCAUAAAAAGAGUGUUGCAAAUGGCUUCAGAGUCUACAAAUGGGAAACAAGUUAGGAGUCACGUGACAAAGGGGCGUCUGCAGCCCCCGCAGCCCCCGCAGCCCCCGCAGCAGCCAGCGAGGAGCAGGUCUUCUGUCAGCGAGUGUGAUGGCGAAGACUCCAUCUUUGAAGCCAACGAAGCAUGGAAAGACUUCCACAGUUCUCUCCUCCGGUUCUAUGAGAAUGGGGAGCUCUGUGAUGUCACACUGAAGGUUGGCUCAAAGCUGAUCUCUUGCCACAAACUGGUGCUAGCUUGUGUGAUUCCCUACUUCAGAGCCAUGUUUCUUUCUGAAAUGGCUGAAGCCAAGCAGGAGCUGAUUAAGAUUCAAGACUUUGAUGGUGAUGCUGUGGAAGACUUGGUGAAAUUCGUCUACUCUUCACGGCUCAUGUUGACAGUAGACAACGUCCAGCCUCUCCUGUAUGCAGCAUGUAUCCUGCAGGUUGAACUGGUGGCCAGGGCUUGCUGUGAAUACAUGAAGUUACAUUUUCAUCCCUCCAAUUGCCUGGCAGUACGAGCCUUUGCGGAGAGUCACAACCGAAUAGACCUGAUGGACAUGGCGGACCAGUAUGCCUGCGAACACUUUACUGAAGUGGUGGAGUGUGAAGACUUUCUAAGUGUGUCACCCCAGCACCUCCACAAGCUUCUGUCCUCCAGUGAUGUCAACAUCGACAGUGAAAAGCAGGUCUACAGUGCUGCUAUCAAGUGGCUUCUUGCCAAUCCCCAGCAUCAUUCUAAAUGGCUGGAUGAGACACUUGCACAGGUUCGUCUGCCAUUAUUGCCAGUUGAUUUUCUUAUGGGAGUUGUGGCAAAAGAACAGAUUGUCAAGCAAAACCUAAAAUGUAGAGAUCUACUGGAUGAAGCAAGGAACUAUCACCUUCAUUUGAGCAGCAAACCGGUCCCUGACUUUGAGUACACGGUCCGCACUACCCCAAGGAAGCAUACGGCUGGUGUGCUGUUCUGUGUAAGUGGUCGAGGUGGAUCUGGUGACCCCUUUUGUAGUAUUGAAUGCUAUUCUAUCAACAAAAACAGUUGGUUCUUUAGACCAGAAAUGAAUAGCUGAAGGCAGCAUGUGGGUGUGAUCUAUGUGGAAGGUAAAGUGUAUGCAGUGGGUAGACAUGAUGGGAAUGAGCAUUUAGGUAGCAUGGAGUUGUUUGAUCCUCUCACUAAUAAAUGGAUGAUGAAGGUGUCAAUGAACACCAAGAGGAGAGGAAUUGCUUUGGCCUCCUUAGGGAGCCCAAUAUAUGCAAUUGGAGGGUUAGAUGAUAAUACUUGCUUUAGUGAUGUGGAGAGAUACGACAUCGAAUCUGACCAGUGAAGUACAUUGGCACCAAUGAACACUCCCCGUGGAGGCGUUGGCUCUGUGGCUUUAGUGAACCAUGUUUACGCAGUGGGUGGCAAUGAUGGAGUGGUCUCUUUAUCCAGUGUGGAGAGGUACCAUCCACAUCUGGACAAGUGGAUAGAGGUCAAGGAAAUGGGUCGGCGCAGAGCAGGCAAUGGUGUUAGUGAACUUCACGGCUGCUUAUAUGUUGUUGGUGGUUUUGAUGAUAACUCCCCUCUGAGUUCAGUUGAACGGUACGACCCCCGAAGCAACAAGUGGGAUUAUGUGGUAGCACUCACGACUCCCCAGGGAGGAGUAGGCAUUGCUACCGUGAUGGGCAAAAUCUUUGCAGUUGGCGGUCACAAUGGCAAUGCAUACCUAAACACAGUGGAGGCAUUUGAUCCAGUGCUGAAUAAGUGGGAGCUGGUCGGACCUGUGUUCCACUGCCGAGCUGGUGCCGGUGUAGCCAUGUGUGACUGUUUAACUAGCCAGAUCCGAGAUGUAGGUCACGGGUCCACUAAUGUGGUGGACUGUAUGUCAUGUGAGUCCCAGCAGCAACUGUGCUGGGACUUCCCCACACGGGAUGGUCGGGAAGACAGCCAGCAUUUCAUACGGCCCCCUCUGAUUUGA